AUGACUGUGUUUUUCUGCAUUGGUAGCAUUGCCGCAAUCUACGCCUGGGCGCGGCUUAUUACUACCUCUGAUCCGACGAUCACAGUUCAUAUCACCACAGCGCCCGGGUUACUAUCGAAUACGGUGGAAUCAGGCAGGGUUCUUCUCUUGCUGGGGGACACCAAGGAUGACCUCAGCAAGACCAGAGUCGGACAUACGACAACACGAUUCUUCGGCAAGAACGUCUUCGGCUUCUACGGACAGGACGUGGUACUCGCAGGCGGGAGUGUCGACGAUAUAGAACUCGGGCUGUUUGGAUGGCCGAUCCGUACUUUGGACGACAUUCCCCAAGGCGUGUACUUUUUUCAAGCCUUUCUUAACAUCUACAACGAAACGAUUACCCGGAGCGAUGGAUCUACAGUAACGGUCAGGUUUCCGUGCGGGGAUGGCAGUCCCGCCUUCGGAGGGAGUGGGAGUCUCAGUACUGAUAUACGCGAAGUCGAGAUUCGACGUGGGACGACGCAGAUUAUCAACCUGCAAUUCCAGAAGACUAUUGAACCAAUCGCCUUCGAUGGGACGGAGAUUGGUGGUUGCUCUCAGGGGAAUUACAAAGACACCGAGCUGCUCAAAUUUGUCAAGAUCCGAAGCGACUCCCUGAGCAGCUUCUGGAACAGAGACAUGUACAUCGGCGCCAAGGUCCUCUUACCUGCCGGAUACAACGCGUCGGACACGCGUACGCGAUAUCCCGUUGUAUACUCUCAAUUUCACUGGCUCGGGGGCGAGAGUUGGUGGAGUCACGAUGUAGCCUUCACAGAAGCUUGGCACAACGGCACAAUUCCAGCCCAGGACGGGAAACCAGCACGGCCGACUCCCAAGCUCAUCAUCGUCAUGUUUCGCCAUGAAAAUCCAUUCUAUGACGAUUCCUACGCUGUGAAUUCGCCGAAUCUGGGACCGUAUGGCGAUGCCUUGAACGACGAGCUGGUGCCCCAUCUGGACAUGAUGUUCAACACAAUUGCCCAACCGUAUGCGCGGAUACAAGAAGGCGGUUCUACCGGGGGCUGGGCGGCCGCUGCCAGUGUCAUCUUUCGGCCAGAUCUGUACGGCGCGUGCUUCGCUUCCUAUCCUGAUAGUCUCGAUUUUCACCGGCACCAGGACAAUAACCUGUAUGAGCAGACAGAAGUUCAUGUUCGGAACGGCCUCCCGAUACCAUCAAAUCGGAAUGUUGACGAUGACGGCGUAGAGCGCGUCAAGGCUACCAUGGAAGAAGAGAAUCAUUGGGAGCUCACAUUCGGAACGUCUGGACGUAGUGCCCUGCAGACUGACGUCUGGUUUGCCGUGUUCGGCGCCCAAGGUCUCAACGGGUAUCCUCUCGCCGCCUGGGACAAGAUUACAGGAGAGAUAUAUCCGGAUGUGGUGGAGCUCUGGAAACCUAUGGAUCUCACGCAUCAUAUACUCAGCAAUUGGAACAGCAAACUCAACCUGGGAGAAGUGCUUCGAGGGAGAAUAUAUGUUUACGUGGGCGGUAUGGAUGGCUAUUAUCUCGAGAAAGGCGUUGAGCAGUUCCGCAUGCGAGUCACUGAAAAGGGAGGGCCAGAAUGGGCUAAUGUGACAGCGCUCCCGGGAAAGCCACAUGGUGGUGUGUACAAUUUGCUGCCGCAAUGGACGUACCUUGACUUGCUCCUUCAGUGGGUUGCGCAUCAUGCCCCCGGAGGAACAACGCCGCUCUCAGAUGAGUACACUAGAAGUACAUCGAGAGGAAACUUGUGGGAAGAGGUUUUGGCAUUUGGGGGACGUCAAGCUGCGCUCGCCCGCCAGUCACCACCUCAUAUUGACAUUUACCCCUCUCAUCGGUCUGACAAGCGUUUACACGCGGAGCCGCAAGCCAGCGUAGGGCGUUGGGAUCCGGGUGUUGCGUUGAAAGCACAGUGGCUCGUGAAUGGUAAGGCUAGUAAGGACACUGUUUUUGAUGUCAAGCAACGAGAGAUGCUUACGUUCUCUGGCAAUGCGCGGGGCCGGACGUUACAGUUGGUCGUCACGGGCACCAAAAGAGACUACGUCGAGGAAACAAGAAGAAGCAAUGUCAUUACCUUAGGAUGA